UCCUGUGUUGAUAAUAAUCUUUUGGUUUUAUUGCAUUAUUCUAUAUAACGAGUGAUAUCUUGCAUAUAACAUAUUGCAAGUGUGGCGUUGAAAGAAAGCGUAUAUAAAUUCGAAGCAUGAAGAAUUUAUCGUUCAUUUAUUUCUGGUUUAUCCUCUAUUUUGGAGUUCAAAAUUUACGUGCACGAAGCGUCAAUAUUUUUCAAGAUAUUGCAGACUGCGUGGAUCGAUCAAACAUGACAUUUCAUGAAUUGAAGAAACUUCGUGAUUCGUCGGAGGCAAGAAUAAAAUUAAUAAACGAGGAGGAAAAUUUCAGGAACUAUGGCUGUUUCCUAGCUUGCAUUUGGCAACAAACUGGCGUGAUGAAUGGCUCCGAAUUGAGCACGUACAACAUAGCAGGGAUUAUCGAGGGACGAUACCACGAUGACGAAGAUCUUAAAACGUUUUUCCAUAAGAUCGCGUUAACGUGCGAAGAUGACGUUCACAGGAAGUGUAAAAACGUAAAUGUCGAUGUUACAGUUUUGCACGUGAACGACGAGUGUGACGUCGCUCUUAGCUUCAAAUUGUGCAUGUUGAAAGCUAUGCGUAAUUAUCCCUGAAUCAAUCUAUAUUUUAUCUAUUUGCACUUGUCUAUUACCGCAAUCGGAAAAAUUAUAGAGGAUUAAAAGAAUAUUUCA